AUGUCAACUGUGGCAGGGAUGCACAUGAUCAGGCUUGCCCAGUGGCGGCAGUGCUGCUACCAGAUGGAAAUGGCAGUAGCUGCACCGACCAGCGGAAGCAACAACUCCAACCAGCAGCAGCACGUUUUGUCGGAGCGCAAGCGCCGCGAGAAGCUCAACGAUAGCUUCAAGGCUCUCAGGACAGUGCUCCCCCCUGCAUCCAAGAAAGAUAAAGCAUCCAUACUGAUCAGAGCAAGGCACUACGUGACCACUCUCGAGUCUAGACUGUCUGAGAUAGAGGAGAAGAACAGGAUGCUAGUAGAGUUGCUGCACCACCGCAACAACGGAGGCGAUCCAGGCGACGUUUCUAGCAAAAAGAUUGAGGUCGAUAUCGAUAUCAAUAGAGAAGCAUUCGAGGUAAAGGAAACAUCACAGGAAUUUCGCCUGAAGAUAAUGGUAGGGUCAGAGUGCAAUGCCUUGGAUGCUGUAGUUAGUAUACUUGAGUGCCUCAAGGAGACAGGGGACGUGAGAUUGGUAUCCAUGGACAUGGGCAGCAGAGCCACCACCUUAACAUUAUAA